GUUCUAUAAGAGGACAGUGAAACUGAAUGUAAUUUACAACAACAAAAAUGGCGGCACAGAACGUUUAUCCUUCCUCCUCCACGAGACUUCAGUUUUCCUUUCCUCAUUCAAAACUCAACCAACCACGCUUCUCAUCGUUCUCGCUUCGAAUUCGAAACGCUCGCUUUCAACCCAUUAUCUCUAGCGCUUCCAAUGUUCAACCAAAGAAGCAUACUUCCUCAUCCACCAGAAACAAAAACCCAAACAAUAACAACAACAACGAGAAAAAGAAGAAGAAUAACAACAAGAGUAAUGAUGAAAUUGGUGAUUCCAUUUCCAAUUCUUCUUUGCCUCAAAUUCCUACGUCACUCCCUAAACCACCGGCUGGUUUCGUUGUAGAUGACACUGGCAAGCUUCUUACUUCUUCCAUGGACCGACUUGCCACACUUGUUGAUCCUGCGAACAACCUUCCUUUGGAAUGUGUGAUAAAGAGAGUGUUCACGAGUUCUCGAGGAGAUGAUUGUAUGUUGCUAUGCCCACUUGACAUGCCUCUACAAAUAUUACAGAGCACAGGUGAUGGAUGGUCAGAAGUCAGUUACGAGGAGCUUGAGUCUCUUCUGCCUGCUGCUUCCUUUGCACUUGCCAAAUUACGCAUGCAUCUGAUUUAUAGUGGAUACUGUUUUACCGCUCGUGGUGGUUUUUGUUACUCAGAAGAAGACAUCUUUGACUUUCAUGCAGAUGGUAAAGAUGAUGGCUUGGCAACUGAGGGUGUAGAAAUCACACACUUCAAUCAGGAAGCAGCGCACUACAUGAUAUAUACACCAUCUGAUCCACUGCUUUUUGUUGCUGCAAAGGAUCAGAAUGGAAUGCUACAAAUCGCUGAUGAUGAAUUACUUGAGGAUCCUGCUGUCAUUAGCGCCAUAGAUGAAGAGACUGAAUUUAAUGCCUUGGUGGAGGAAGAAGCCGCACUCCUUGACUCACUGUUGGGUAAAAGAUAAUCAUAUAUACUCAUUGUAGCAGACUGCCCUACUGUUUCCAUUUUAGUUCUUCAUCUGGAUUGCCCCACUUUUGGGUCUGAAUGCAGAGUUUUGUGGGUAGAUCGGCUUCUUUUGUGUACAUGAUCAAUUUUGUAUUUAUGCAGUAUGUAUAUUUUAGUAUGGAUUGAGGACUGGAACAGUUUUAUUAUGGCCCCUUGUUUUAGUGAGAGUUGAAAGAAAAAAACAGUCACAGCCCCUUGUUUUAGGAGUAAGUUUUCACAAUUUUACUGUUAAAUCGAUCGUGUUUAUUGUAUCUUGUUAUUUUAGAAGUUUAAAAUUACUACUCUAUAUUUACCUCAAA